CGGGGGGGGCGGGCGCAUCUGGAGAUUGGCAGGGCGCUUGUCCAAUAGUAGAGCGGAGUGCGGAGACCGGAAGUGAGUGGCCAGGUGCCCGAUGACAGCUGAGGGUCAUGGCUCAGACUGUGGAAAGUGACACGCGGGUUCACCGCACGCUGAGAGUGAUAUCCGCAGCCUCCGCUCACCUCACCACCUUCGCUUUCACCAUCUUCAUGAUUUAUGUCUCUAAACCUGGAUCAACUCUUUUCUCCUGGCACCCGUUCCUCAUGACCCUCGCGUUCUCCUUCUUCAUGACGGAGGCCAUCAUGGUUUUCUCACCGGACUCCCUGCUGCGCUCCCUGUCACGGAAGGCCCGCACGCGGGCUCACUGGGUGCUGCAGCUCCUGGCGGUGCUCUGCGCCCUGCUGGGCCUGGGUAUAAUCUACACCAACAAAGUAUACCAGGAGAAGCCUCACUUUUCCACCUGGCACGGGUUGGUGGGCCUGCUGACCAUUCUGUGUACUGUGGUCCAGAAUCUGGGCGGGGUGACCCUACUCUACCCUAAACUGGUGCAGCGCUGGACAUUGGCCACCCGGAAGCUCUACCACGCCACGUCCGGCCUCCUGGGCUACCUGCUGGCGUGCGGCAGCCUCAUGCUGGGAAUGUGCUCCUUGUGGUUCACUGCCAAUGUCACCGGGGUGGCCUGGUACCUGUGCGCCCUCUCUCCGCUUCUCACCGGCCUGGUCGUCAUGAGCCAAGUGAGUAACGCCUACCUCUACCGCAAAAAGAGCCAAUCCUGAGGGAGAGGAGGAGUCGCACCACGUCUGAUCCCGCAGAAGGAGAUGUCGCUGCCACCUCUGAUACUUCGGGCGCAAAUCUGCUAUUCCAUCAUCGCCAGCGCAAGGGGAGGAGUCAGAGGUCUGCUGGAGUCUUCUGGCAAUUGGCACCGUCCAUCUCUACCCCAACAUGGCGCAUCUUCCGAAAUCUCCAGAAAGGGGCCGCCGCUCCCAAAUCCAUGGUUUGCCCACAUCUGUAGGCACCAGUGCCAGCUAAAUGGAGCUUCAACCCCCCACCAUGCCAAAGGCAAAGAGACCGGCCACGCUCUAAUAAUGUCCAGAUAGAUCAAACUUUAUUGUUCUGGACGUUGAAUACAGAAGGUACACCUAGACCUCCGCCGUGUCUUGCCCACACAGGGCUCUUUAGGUCAAGCACACUAGAUUAAGGAGGGUCCAGGCAGACCUUCUGUAUUUAUUUUCCAGAACAAUAAAGUUUUAUCCAUUUCACCUGCAGGCUUGUAUAAAACUUUAUUGUCCUGGACAUUAAAUACAGAAGGUCUGGACUACCCAUAUAUCACUCGUGUUUUACCCAAACGGGUCUCUUGGGGUGAAACUUGCCGGGAGGGGCCCGGCUGACUUCUGUAUUCAUUUUCCCGAACAAUAAAGAUUUAUCCAUGCUGAUGUCC